AUGGGUCAUCCGUGCUCAGGCACACCCCUGCUCUUGAACAUCCUGGGCGGACAAGAGGAUCUGCAGAUCUGUGCUUUCCAAGUGUCCCAGGAUUUGCAGACCUUGACGUGGCGCGAGUGCGAGGGCAACGGCCCCUCCCGACGGCUACCCUUGAGUGCCAUUGGCUCGGUUCAGGAAACCAGCGUUCCUCGCAAUGGAGGUGGCGGGGGGCACUUCGCCCUCCAGGUGCGCUUGCGGGAGGCCGUGCCCAAUGUGCCACAGGCCUUUGAACUGAUUUGCACUUCCAAAGAGGACUUGGACUCUUGGCACCAAGGGCUCCGGUUCCUCAUGGGCGAUGAGUCCGAGAUGGCCUCGCCGGCCAAGGAGUCGCGGACAGAGUCCAGGCCGGAAGAGAAGGCAUCCUCCCGGGCUGCAAAGGCGCAGGAAGAGCUCUGUGAACGCUUGCAGCAAGAGAACCUGAUGCUCAAAGAGAUGAUUAAACGGAAAGAUGCGACGAUUGCGGAGCUCCUCAAGGACAGCAAGUCCAUCAAGACGGAAUCCACGUCCCGAGAGAGCGACGAGCACCUGCAGUUCCGCGAGGUGGCGAUCCUGCGAAGGAAGAACAAACGCCUCCAGAGUGAGCUGAAGUCCAAGCAGCACACCAUCUCUGGGCUUUUGAAGCUCGUGGAACGCCUCUCUCAGCAGGAUGAGACCUCUGCACACGAGACGGCCGAGGAGGACUUCGGGACGGUUUCCAAGCACAUCAUCGAGAUGAAGGCUGAUGCUGAUGUGGAGGCCAUCCCUGCCAAGGUCGUCCGUGCACGCCCGGGUGCCAGUGCUGCUUCUCCCGCGCCGCGGCCAGCGCCAGCGGUGCCUGCGCCUGCGAUGCCCGCGAGUGGGUCUCCUGGAAGGGCGGCAGCCAAAGAUGAAGGAACAGGACUAGAUGCUCUCUUGGGCGGCGAGUUGGCUGCGCUGGCCGACAAGCUUCAGAUGCUCGAGCGUGCGGCGGCGGCCGCCACCCAGGGCGUGGCGGCGGUGAGUAGCUUUCAGCCGCCCAGCCGUGUCGCGGGCUCCGCGGGUCCCUCGGGCGCUGCUGGCGCCGCCACGGGCUCGGGUGCGGCAGAGGCCCCGAGCUUGGUGGGGCGGGGGCCUAGGAGUAACAAAGCGCUGGAGGCCUUGCAGAGAGAGAUGCAUGUCUUGGAGGAGAAGAAGCGCUUGGUCCAACAUUUGGCACAGAUGCUGGAGCCUGAACCCUCGGACUCCGAGCAGGACGACGGCUUCCCUCUGAGAUGA